UCUUGGUCUCUUUACCAUGCACUGCCACCGAUGAUCUAUUACUUCCCUCUUCAGACACUGGCACUUACGGGUCUAGAAGUUUUUGCUGUUGCCUUCUUUUCUCCAAUGUUCUUGAUAAUUGGCCCUUUUUGGAGGUUGGCUAACAACAAGUACAUCCUAGCCCUUCUGAGACUGACUAUGGUUGGAAGCUUAGCAUCAUACCAGGCACCAAAUGCUUCAAUUAGACUAUUCAUCUUGGCUGCAGGUGUUUCCUCCUCAUUGCUGGUUCAAACAGUAACUUGGUGGUCAGGAAACAGUUUACAAAGGUUCAUCAGGAUAUGGGGCUUCAUGCUAGGCAAGAUAAUGCUCCUUGUUCUUCGCAUCUGGUAUACAUCACUAAACCCAGUCUGGAGCUCACAAGCUGCCAAUACUGUCAUACUGACAAUUGGUUUUAUAGCAGCAGUGGAGCGAAUUUAUUCAGGUGGAGACAAAAGGAAACAAGAAACAAACAAAACUCGUAAUGCAGUUAGAGAGACUGUUUCCCGCCCUCAUUGGCUUUUGUCAGGGAUUGCUUUUGGCAGCCUCAUGUUCCUCACCCUGUGGAUAUUUGGGGAGGUCUCAUUGAUUUCUAGAUGGGCAGUAAGUGGACAUCCACAUACAGGUCCAGAUCCUAAUCCAUAUGGAGGUACAGUUCUGUUGGGCCUGGCUCAUGGACUGAUGCUUUCAUUUUGGAGCUGGUCCUUUGUCACCAGUUUUGCCUGGUUCCUUGUAGGUUUAGCAUCUUCGACCGGUCUCCUUUAUUUACACACCUGGAGUGCUGCUGUUGCAGGCAACAUUCUCGCUGUCUUCACUAUGUGUGUGUGGCCUCAACUGGCUGGAUGCUUUGUUAGCUGUCUGCACCCUGGGAAAGCCAUGAGUACAGCCAUGUUUGCCUAUGUUCUUGAAUUAUUCUUCUGUGUAUGGUGUACAGCUUAUAAAUUUGUACCUGGAGGAAUUUAUGCUAGAGAAAGCUCCCAUCUUCUUUUAGGGUUUAUAAUGUUAUGUAUUGGCGUAGUCUUUCUAACAGGACCCAAGAAAGACCUUAGCUCUAUCUUUGAAGUGAAAAGCAACCAAAAGCCACUACUCAAAAAGAGUAAAAACUAUAUUAAACUACUAUUAUGGCUGUAUGUUGGUGUUGGUUUGCUAGGAUUGGGUCUACGUUAUAAAGCUUACCAGAAGAAGUUGGGCCAAGGGAUUCCAAAAAGAGACUUCUCUGCUAUGAUCUGGCCUUUUAGAUUUGGAUAUGACAAUGAAGGAUGGUCUAAUUUGGAAGGAUCGGCUAAUUUGCUUAAUCAGACAGGUGCAGAUUUUAUCACUAUUAUAGAGAGUGAUGCCUCUAAACCAUUCAUUGGGAACAACGAUCCAACAAUGUGGCUAGGAGAAAGACUAGGAUUUUACACAGAUUUUGGUCCAAGCACAAGAGAUCACACUUGGGGGAUUAUGGCACUAUCAAGGUAUCCAAUUGUAAAAUCUACCCAUCACCUUCUUCCGUCUCCAGAGGGAGAGAUUGCACCUGCCAUCUCCAUGACUGUCAACUUCACAGGGAAACUGGUUGAUUUUGUUGUUGCCCACUUUGGAAAUGAAGAAGAGGACUUGGACAGAAAACUCCAGGCUAUAGCUGUUUCAAACCUAUUGAAGACUAGCUCUAAGCAAGUUGUAUUUCUAGGAUACAUCACCUCAGCUCCUGGAUCCAGAGAUUAUAUUGAAUUAAUAGAAAAUGGAAGUGUCCAGGAUAUUGACAGUACAGAUCAUGACAGAUGGUGUAGCUAUAUUAUGUAUCGUGGAGUAAUAAGGUUGGGCUACGCCCGCAUAUCUCAUGCUGGUUUAAGUGAUUCAGAAGUCCAGAUGGCCAAAUUUAGGAUCCCAGAUCACUUGGAUAGCUACGUUGACAAUGACAGAAUUGUCACUGAUCCCAGCCAAGUUCCUGAGGACAUCCAUUUCAAUCCCAGGUUUGGAUCUUAUAAAGAUGGACAUAAUUAUGAGCAUAUUCAUCACUUUCAUAUGAGCACUCCUAAAUAUUUUAAACAGACAAACUAGAAUGAGAAAAUAGCAUAUCAUUGGGACCAACAAGGAAGAUUUGUUGGUUGAAACUGAACUGGCAGCCAAAAAGACUACAUUGUUUAAGGGUGAGCAACUUCCAUGCUGCAUAACACUGUGAAUGUCUGCAUAAUAGCUGGUGACUCUUUUCUUUAAUGAGUCAUCGCUGUGAGAGAGGGAAGAUGCAUGCAUUUUGAUAAACCAGUGUCUACCUGGGCCAGAUGCCUGCUUUGUAUGCAGCAAAGCAAGGGUGGGAACUUGCUUUGGCAAUAACUUCAACUUUUUUGAAGGUAUCCCAUAUUGUGCUGUUUCA